AUGGCGAUGGAUGACGAAAAACAAACACAGAUCUUGGACUCGGUCGGGACUGGUGAUGUCUCUUCGGCAGAUGGGGAUUCUCCUUUGCCAGUGAUGGCUAUGACCCCAAUGCAAUAUCGGAAGCUGAUCUGGAAACUCGAUGUUCGGCUUUUACCACCUCUCUUUGCGCUGUGGUUUGUGUCGUUGAUCGAUCGAAUUAACAUUGGAUCGGCUAAGAUCUUUGGGUUGGAGAAGGAUCUUCAUAUGAAUCCCAAGGGAAAUGAUUUCAAUAUUGCGCUGAUUAUUGUGAUUAUUGGGCUUAUUACGAUGGAGGUUCCAAGUAACUACUUGCUGAAGAAAACAUCACCUUCGAUCGUGCUGGCUUCCCAGAGUUUUCUUCUUGCUAUCUUUACGAUCGGGCAAGGCGUCAUAACUAACUUCACCGGUCUCAAAGCAAUGCGUUUCUUCAUUGGCGUUUGCGAAGCCGGAUUAAUACCCGGAAGUGUCUAUCUCCUAGCACAAUACUAUCCCCGCUACGAACUUCAAUGGCGACUGAGUAUGCUCAUGGUAGGCAACGCCGUCAGUACAGCAUUUGGAGGUCUUCUCGCCCUCGCCAUUGCGGGAAUUAAAUCGUCCAAUGAAUAUCACCCUUGGCGAUGGAUUUUCAUCAUCGAGGGGUGCAUGACUGUUGGUGUUACUGCGCUUGUGUUCCCGUUUAUGUCGGAUUGGCCUCAAAGCGCAAAAUGGCUCACGGCGGAGGAGAAGGCUGUGCUCGCGGAUCGAAUUAAGCAGCAUGGUAUUGUUGGUAAGAUGGAUACGCUUAAUUCGAAAUCCCUCAAGAGGAUCUUGUUCGACUGGAAGAUCUAUGUUGUCGGAGCAAUUGCAUGCUGCACAACUGUCACCGUGUAUAGCGUAGCGAUAUUUGCCCCAACAAUCAUCAAGCAGUUCGAGCCAACCUCCUCCGCACGCCACGUUCAAGCACUCGUCAUUCCCAUCUUUGUCGCCGCUACAGCAGGAUGUCUAGCAGCGGCUUAUGCCUCUGACAAACUCAAGCACCGAGCUUCGUUUGCUCUUUUCGGUUACGUCCUUAUUAUCAUCGGGGCUUCGAUACUAAUCAAUCAACAACACGUCUCCACAAAAGUGAAAUACGGCUCCUUAUACUUCAUGGCCGUUGGAGGAUACAUUUCUUUACCUAUGCUCUGGACAAUGCUCGUCAACAACAUAAGUGGGAGUUAUAAAAUCGGGUAUGCUAUCGCGAUGGAAGUUGGACUCGGUAAUUUUGGAGGCAUUGCAAGUGCGCUUGUUUUCCAGGGGAAACAAGCCCCGAAAUUUGAGACUGGAUAUAAGACAAUCUUGGGUAUGAGCGUCGCUGCUGCAGUUCUGGUUAUUAUUUAUACUGCUGCUUUGAUGAUGGAGAAUAAGGCUAGGACUGCCGGAAAGAGAGAUUAUCGGUUGAGUGAUCCGGAGGUUGAUAAUCUGGGUGAUGAUCAUCCCAGCUUUCGAUAUGGAUAUUAA